AUGGAGAUAAAGAAAGGAGACGAGCUUUGUUUUGUAGAGCUCAACAGUUCCUGCAAGAAGCCAACACUUCACUGGUCCAAAGCUGUGCUCCUGAACAUUGUGCUGUCCUGUAUCUCUUUGAUCACUGCUGUUCUGAACCUUCUCGUCAUCAUCUCAGUCUCUCACUUCAGGCAGCUUCACACACCCAGUAACAUCCUUCUCCUCUCUCUGGCUGUCUCAGACUUUCUUGUCGGUUUCCUGUUGAUGCCAUUAGAAAUCUUUAGAAGCACAACCUGCUGGGUGUUUGGUGAUGUUAUGUGUUCUGUUUAUUGGUAUCUGACUGGCAACAUUACCUGUGCUUCAAUAGGGAACAUAGUUCUAAUAUCAGUUGACCGCUAUGUGGCUAUUUGUGACCCUCUGCAUUACCCCACUAGAAUGACUGUGGUGAGAAUCAAACACUGGAUUUGUUUGUGUUGGUUUUAUGCUAUUUUCUAUGACACUUUAUACCUAAAAGACUUACUGAUUAAGCCAGGCAGGUAUAAUUCCUGCUAUGGAGAGUGUGUACUUGUCAUCAAUGAUAUUGCAGGAACUGCUGACCUUGUUUUAUCGUUUUGUGUUCCAAUUUCUGUUAUCAUAGUUCUGUAUAUGAGAGUAUUUUUGGUGGCUGUGUCUCAGGCUCGUGCCAUGCGCUCUCAUGUAACAACUGUCACACUGCAGCGUUCAUUGAAUCAAACAAACAAAUCUGAGCUGAAAGCAGCCAGGACUCUUGGGAUUCUUGUAGUUGUGUUUCUACUUUGUUUCUGCCCGUAUUACUGUGUCUCUCUUGUAAGGGACAGAAAUAGCUCAGUAGCCCCUAAUUUAAUGAGUGUGUUUUUUUUAAACUCAUGUCUAAACCCGUUGAUCUAUACUAUGUUCUAUCCUUGGUUUAGAAAAGCUGUAAAACUAAUUGUCACUCUACAGAUCCUACAGACUGGCUCCUGUGAGGUCAGUAUACUGUAG